GCCAGUCGGGCAGACUUACGGGAAUAUUAGUACCGUAGCUACUCUACUACCACUUAGGUUUUGGGCUUUGGAGUACGACCUUGAUAUUGGUUCUUACACUGCACUGGCUAAUUUUUAGUCCACCAAUCAGUUGCUUCGGUACUUAGCAUUACUAUAGACCGAUACCGUUUCUGGUGACCUAAAAUCCUUCUCGACGACUUUGGUCUAUUAUAAGUACUGUUGGUGCCUGACAGGCAUUCCCCGAAGUUACCAAGAUACCAGUAAGCUGCACUUCUCAUUUCCCUACGCUUGUCUGUUGCAACAGAGGACGCAACCGCGAAGCUGGCCAGGAUGGAGUCAAGGCAAAACUCCAAGUUCCCUCUGAAGCCACCCACGAUGAUCAAGAGGCAGCACCUGCGCAAGUACUCCUGGUUACCAGACGUCUUGCGUAUUAAAGGGAGCAUAAUUACUCGCAUUAUUGGACCCGUGCUCACAGUGACUAUAUUCUCUGGGCUUGUGGCAUAUGUUUGGUCAAAGGGUGAAAGAAUCGCGCUAACAAAUUCUGUCGUUCCUUUGCUCUCCGUCGUGGUUGGCCUUAUCCUCGUGUUCAGAACAUCGUACGAUCGUUACUGGGAAGGUCGGAAAUGCUUUUCAACGCUCACUUCUAAUGUUCGCAACUUAUCCCGGAUGAUCUGGGUACACGUGUCCCUCCCUCCCACUGAAGAGCAACCAACCCACAUCAAGGGAAGGACACCGAUUUCUACGCUCACAACUACCGAAGUCAAGCGCAGAAAAAUGGAGGUACUUCAAUGCUGCGUGGCUUUUGUCUAUGCUGUCAAGCACUAUCUUCGCGGAGAGGAAGGCGCUGAGUACGAUGAUCUUAACGCUGUCUUACCCCAGCGAUUCGCUAGGUAUGAUGGACUCGGAUACAACACCACUCGCGGAGGUGCUUCUCCGACGUCGUACGCUGCUACAUCGGAGAACACCAUUGGAGAAAGCGAGAGCAUUCCACGGCCGUCACCCGAUGCCACCAAGAGGAUUCGACGAAAGCGCAGCAAAAAAUUCUUGGAUGGUCGUGCUGCUAAGUCGUCUACCCCUCUUCUCGGUGAUUCCCACCAAACAAUCGAGUUUCACCCGUACGCCGACCAAAUGAGCAUCCCAUUGCCGCUGGUUAUUGCCCACGAGCUCUCUGGCGCCAUUUUUAGGUUUAAACGCGAUGGUCUUUUGGAGACUGUUGGUCCAGCUGGCACGAAUGCUAUGAGUGCCCUGGUCCUGUCCAUGGUAGACCAAAUGUCCUCGAUGGAAAGAGUAGCAAACACCCCAAUCCCAGCCUCCUAUGGAAUCCAUCUUAAACAAUGCGUAACAUUGUACUUGUUCGCGCUCCCACUGACUUUAAUCAACGACAUGGGUUGGAGCAUGAUUCCAAUAGUAACAGUUGUUGCUUUCACUUUAAUGGGCAUCGAAGGAAUAGCUGAUGAGAUUGAAAUGCCAUUCGGAUACGACAAACACGACUUACCUCUCGAUACCUACUGUGACGACUUAAGAGAGGAGAUUCAAUACAUGAUCGAGAGACUUCCGGAAGGGGGACAUGGUGCAUUUGGUUAUGACGAUGGGGAAGGUGACGAUUGACGCCACAAAAACGUAGGGUAUUACUUGCGGACGCCCAGUAACAUAUCCUGUAGGCACUCCUUUUCGUGAUCUGUGCAUCACGAAAUGAACGCCAGAUGAGACAUGGAAUCUACUGAAACUCUGGUAGGCAAAAUUCCCCCGGACCGUACGGCUGGAAAGUACUUGUAAACAGCAGGGACACAUUGUCACUAAACUCAGCCAAACCUUUGAUGUUAAGGCAGUAAGCCCUG